AUGCCUAUGGAUCUUUCUUCAACCAAAUAUGUCGGUCAGACGGUAGAUUUGCCUACGGAAAAGACUCUGUCUUCUAUUCCUAAAGGUGAAAAAGGUAAUGAAGGAGUUUGGGAGUAUCCGUCUCCUCAACAGAUGCUAAAUGCCAUGCUUCGCAAGGGCAAGGGAGAUGUUCCUGAGGAUUCUGUUGAGACUAUGGUGAGCAUUCAUAAUUUUUUAAACGAAGGUGCUUGGGGAGAAAUUCUACAGUGGGAGCAACCUUACUCUGAAGCUACGAAGGUCGAGCCAAGGCUUGAUAGAUUUACUGGAAGACCCGACCAGAUGUCUCCAAGAGCCAAGUUAUUUUCUUUCCUUGGUAAGUAUUUCCCUUCUAAGUUCAACGAUUCUCCACCGUUUGACCGUCAUGAUUGGACCGUUCUCAGAAGUGAUGGUCAAGGAGGUUGGAGUAAAGUGCGCUAUGUCAUCGAUUACUACACAGGUCCCGAAGAUGAAGAUACUGGAAUGCCUACAUUUUCUUUGGAUGUCCGGCCUGCUCUUGAUAACUUUACGAACGCCAAGGAUAGGGUUAGACAUUGGACGGAGACUGAGGCGAAGCCUGUUUGGGACAAGGCCUUGGGAAGAAGCAACUAA